AUGUCGACCUCCAAGCCAAUCAGCAAGCCUGGCCGCGCCGACGCCUCAGACUACCGGCCAGUCCACCAAGACGACGACGCACACGAUGCCAACGAGGAGGAGGAGGGCGUGUCGACCUCGGCCUACCUGCCGCCGCGCCGGUCGCGCGCAGACCGCCGUUACCGCACCACCAUCCUCGCUCUCGUCAUCGCCCUCGUCGUCCUGCUAGCGGCCAACCUGUACCUAUCUCUGCCCUACUUCUUCCCCGGUCACGGCCCCGGCUCCUGUCCGGCUCCUAGCAAGGUGCCGCAGUACUUCCAGACAUCGCCGGAGCUGUGGGCCGGGCCAACAGCCACCGGCAAUGCCGCCUUUUUAGCACAGACAAGGACCUUUGAUCCCACCGCGACCUUUGUGCCCAAUGAGCCGCUGCAGACGGCCAUCCCCGUCAAGGGUAUGAGGCCCGGCAACGACACUAUUUUCAAGAUGAUGGGCUACUUGUCUCCCUACUUUCCCUCCCCUGGGUUUGGAGUCAAUGAGUACCCGCUUCCCGCGGGAGCAGAGAUCGUCCAGGUCCAGAUGUUGUCCCGUCACGGCGCCCGCUAUCCUACUUCUGGGGUCGGCGUUGUCAGCUUCGCCCAGCGCAUUGCCAAUGCCUCUAGCGACUUUAACCCCAAGGGGCCGUUGGGCUUUCUCAAGGGUUGGGAGUACCAUCUUGGGUCGGAGAUUCUAGUACCCAAGGGUCGUGAAGAGCUGUACAACUCGGGAGUUCUUCAUAGCUACAUGUAUGGCAGUCUGUAUAAUCCAAACAGCAAGAUUAUUGUUCGAACAACGACACAAGAUCGUAUGCUUAAGUCGGCUGAGAACUGGAUGGCUGGCUUUUUUGGGUUGGAAUGGACGAACAACGCAACUAUCGAAGUCAUCAUCGAGGCUGGAGGCUUCAACAACUCUUUAGCAGGCUCCCUCAAUUGCCCCAAUUCUUACACCAAAAUAUCGGCAAACGAGGCCAAGCAGCAAUGGAUCAACACCUACCUUCAAGAUGCUCUUGAUCGUUUCAACGCGUUGACGGAUGGAUUCGAGUGGACCAUUAACGACGUAUACGACGCCCAAACGUUGUGUCCUUACGAGACAGUAGCAUACGGCUUCAGCAUGUUUUGCGACUUAUUCACCUAUGAAGAAUGGCAAGGUUUUGGCUAUUCAAUCGACGUGUGGUUCUCAGGAGGCAAUGCCUUCCACAGUCCUACCGGGAGAGCAAUUGGCAUUGGAUAUCAACAGGAAGUCCUCGCUCGACUGAAAAACCAUACCCUCGGCUACUCUGGCUCGCAAAUCAACGUCACCCUGGAUAACAACACGGAGACUUUCCCCCUCAACCAGAGCCUCUACUUUGACUUUUCCCACGACACCAACAUCGUUUCCAUCCUCACUGCAUUCGGCCUCCGUCAAUUCGCGGAGGAACUUCCGGCUGAUCGAUACCCCGGAGCCCACAACUUCACCGUCGCACACAUCACCCCCUUUGGCGCCCGUCUCGACAUUGAGAUUAUCAAGACUCCGAAGCCCCUCUCGCCCAACCGCGACGGCUACCUCCGCGGCGAAGAGCAGAAAUACGUUCACUUCAUUCUCAACCAGCGAACAGUUCCUCUGGGUCUGAGUUUCCCCGAAUGCGACGCCAGCCGUAAAGAUGGCUGGUGCGAGUUCGACACCUUUGUCAAGAUACAAGAGGGCAUGUCGGACAAGGCGAGCUACGACCAUGCCUGCCAUGGAGAGUACGACAAGGAGCCUUAUGGAAAGAUUACCGAUGGUGCUCCCAACUAA